UGAAGCGCCUAUGGAUAUAUAAGAGGAAAAUGGCUGCCGUAGAUCUUUAUCGAAUUAUUUCGAACUUCACAAACUUACGUUAGACCUUUGCCUCGAGAUUCUGUAGUUUUGUCAGUUUGUAGCGCGAUUAUAUUAUCUGGUUAAAUUGUCAUGGCGAAAAGAAAUUGUUCGAGAACGAAAAAUCUGGCUUCGAGCAUCAUCGGAUCCCAAAUCUCUGGGAGAUGCCUCAGAACCAACAUGGUAGGUGUUGCUUCGUAAGCGUUUUGGGUAAUACUGAUGAUUUUAAGUUGUAGCGUUGAAACGUUCGUAAUACCUGUGCUUCUGGUUUUUCGUUUUAGCUUCCUGACGAGUUUGUCCAAUCAGUCGAUCGCCGUCUGGACUUCAAAGAAAUACCAUCGCUUCUCGCCAAACUAGAACGAAACAGCAGCCCGGAGAGAUUCAACCUUGCAAAGUGCUCGCGAUAUUUAAAGGUUAACUUUUAGUUUAUUACCAGAUACUAUUGAUCCAAGUGCCAUCCGACCAGUACCGACCAGUCUACCAUGUAAAAUUCGUAAAUAGGUUGUUUGUUUCAUGCAAGGGCAAACUCAAUUUCGCAGAAAACUCGGGAGUAAUUUCUAACUGUUUUAAAACUUAAGAAUUAAGAAUGGCCAUAUUUAUUCAGUAUGAAAAGCAUUGCAUUUUCGACGAUUUGGGUUUUAUAGAUCGCUAAAAAUGUUUAUGUUUUCAUCGCAGGAUCUUUCAAGUUUGUUCUCCAACAACGUGCAUCUGUUAUUCCCGGACAACGAGUUUCCACAAAUUGCUAAGGAGAGGCUUCGACUCGGUCAAGUGAUAAAUUUAUUCGGUGGAGUUGAGGUGAGUUGGACUUUUGCGUGAAUUUAUUCUGAUCACCCCCAAAACACAUGUUUUUGGUAGACAACAUGGUGGACCCGUGUAGCGAUUCUUUAUAAGCCCGUGUAAUUAUUAUUCACGUUUUAGUGUCAAUUUCACACGUCGUGUUUCCGAACGAUUUCAGCACCAUUCAAAUUUAUUGAUAAUGUCAGCUCAUGGGUGCAAAAUACGCUUUGAUUUUUUGAUGAAAAUACUUAGUAUUCCAAUCAAGUCAUUUUUCUAAUGUCACUAGUGGUCCGUUCCGUUAAAUUUUACUCCGCUCUCCUCGUCUGUCAUUUACGAAACUGACACGUUAUGUACAUCUGAGUUAAAUUUCGCUUUCGUGUUUGCAAGGUAUGGCGAAUGGGUACUUUUAUUUACCGUCAAGCAUGAUUACUAUUGAUCUUCAAGACAUUAGUUAUCUUUAUUUGUUGUACCUUAAAAUCGCGCUUUCUCGUUUACUCCUGAUCAUAUUUCUGGAGAUGCCAAAACGACUUCAUCUAACUUCCGGUUAGUCUUUUGGUGAAUUUGAUUGACAUUUUCUAGCUUGGGCGGUAAGAGCACCAGUAACAUGCUUUUUUUUUUCCAGAUCGUGUUACAAAUUCUUUUUUAUCCCACCACUUAUGGUUUCAAGUGUUGCAAAAUAAGACCAACAAGUAAGUGAAUAUUCUUAUUUUUAGUGGUAGUAUUUUCAGGUAACCUUGAUUAAUGAGCUAGUUUCCUGGUAUUUGUCAUUUGAGUAUGUAAAGCCAGCAGGGGUGGGUGGAAGGGGGGUGAGGCAUGGCAUGUUGUGGGGAUCUGACAUUUUGCAAACAUGUUCUGUCAAAUUCCCUGCCCAAGGGCAAAUCAUUCAAUAUACCUUUUACCAAUAUGGGUUGUCUUUGACUUAAGUCUUACCUGUGUUCUGGUUUCUAGUAAAAGCAAUAACUGACAUCUUUUAUUGAAAUGAAACAACAGUAUCAAAACAUUUUAGUCCCGUACAGCAUUGUAGUCAUUUUUGAACUUAAGUAUUAACCUUAUACUGAGCUCAAUCCACAUUAUAGAAUAUUCACUAAUUGCCCUGUCCCAUGGAUAAGGUAUAAGAAUGUGAGGUCAGAUUCUCUUGUGAAUGACACCAAAUAAAAUUUAUUUUUAAAAGUCUUGGUUUCUAACUGGGGCACUUACUUGAAAUAACUUGCUCAUUAGUGCACAAAAAGCAAAAAUAUCUUGACGUCAUACCCUCGUGCAAACAACUCUCUCGGCCAAUCAGUGCGUGCAUACUAUCUUAGUUGUUUUAUAAAUCUCAAUAUAUUGUUAUUGUGUUUUAUUUGGAUAAUGAAUGAUUUGGAUGAAAUUCUCCAUAGCACCUUGCAUUCGUUAUGUUUCUAUUUUACGACUCAAACUUAUGUUUGCUGAUAUUUAUAAGGCAAAGUAUUGAAUAGUUUAGAAUUUAGUAUAGGGAAGUUCAAAGAUCUUCCUUAUGACAUUAUGUUAUUGUACUUUGCAGGAAUGCAGCAAGAUCAUUUGUGGACACUGUGUCUUGACUUCAUUCACAGUCUUUGUGUUAUGGUAAGUGCUUUUUUGAUACGUAUUUUUUCAAUUUUUGUGGCUCUCAUGUACUUAACUUUUGGCUUGAAGCUGAUUGACAUUUCAGUUUGGUUUUUAAAAAGAAAGAAAUGUUAUGUCUUCAGUAAUGCUCCUAGUUUUAACAUCUUUUAAGUCUUAAAUUAAAGAUAUACCAAGAUUUUUACAAGGAAUUUAAGGAUACUAUUGUAAGGUUCUUCCUCUGUUCAACUGUAUUUUGUCAUGUGGGUAAUUGCAAAGCCUGUAGUAAAACUGAAACAAGAUUUUGAAUGCUAGUGCAUGUUCUCAUGAUUUAGUAAUUACUGGAGCAAUUAAUGUGUAGGUUGGUUAAAAUGUUAUUUUGGGGGCAGGAUCAAAUAGUUUUUAGUUUUUAAGACGAUCUUUUUAUUAUUUUUCUGUUUUUCAUCUGUUAGGUUGAUGGAGUGGCUCUUAAUUUGGCCAAGAGAAAUGACUUGAUAGGACAUUUAUUCACCCUUCUAGAGCAAAAAAAGACAUUUAGGUAAGUAAAAAUCCUUGACUUUGCUGUGAUCGUGCAAGUUGCCAUUUUUAGCUUAAUUGUUUGAGCAUUCUAAAUCAUUCAUAUUUAUUUUAUUUUCAUUAUUAGUUUUGCUCUUGUGGUGUUGGAGGAUCUCUUUAGCUCAAGGAAAGAACUCAUUGAUCUCGAAAAAAUUGGUAAGCUUUUACAAACACUAUAAAUGCCAAUAGCUAAAAAGUAACAUUAAGAACAAGAAGGUCAGUGACAAACUAACAAACAACAAUGAAAGAUCCUUUACAGUAAUGCUGUUUUGAUAAGUCAAUAUUUUAUUCAAUGGUGAAAGUUGAUUGGUUACCUUAAGGUACCAUUACUAUGAAGUAAUAUACAGUUAUGUCUUUUUCUGAUCAGUACAUAUUUCAUGUUUCUUUUUCCUUGCAGUAAAUAUGAGGAAAUUGAUGAGCAUCCUUGAUCAGCAGCAACUAGCAAAUCUCUGCCGAGUGCUGUCGUUUUCUCUCUCAGACUUGGAAUCUGUUGAAGAAAGGAGUACUUGUGAGUUUAAUUACUGUAUUAAUUUUUUUAUAUAAUUAUAUUUUUUAAUAAAUUAGACAUAGAGAAAAAUUAAAAAAUAUCUUUGUAAACUAUUCAGAAGAGUGAGCGAUUGGUAAUUAGAUUCAGAAUUGGAAUCUGUGGAAGGAAGGAGCACUUGACAGUUUUAUUCAUGUUUAAAAAACUGUUUAAGCUUUCAAUAUUAUAUAUAUUUUUGCGAAAACUUUGUUAAAGAAAAUUCCAAAAAUAAUUUUGUAAGUUUUUUGAAAGAGUGAGCUAAUUAUGUGAUUGAUUUUCAUGUCGUGGGAUCAGUUAUUACUUUAUUGAAAAUUGAUUGUAACAAAAUAAUUAUAAAUUUUUAGUGCUUGCUCAAGAUGAAGCUGACAAAAAGGGAUUGUCGCAGAAGGAAGUGGCAGACAAUAAUCAAGGUAAACAUGAGAUAGAUGUUUUAUCCAUGACUUAGGACCUUGCUAAAUGAUCAAACAAUUUGCCUAACAUCUUGUCAGAAAGAUGAAAAUUAAUAUUUAAUUUACAACACAGUUGCUGUAUCUCUAUGGAUUAAGGAUAUCAGUGUUCUCCAAAAUUUUUUACAAGUGGCCUAUUUUAAGUACCAGUCAAAUGGGCCAUAAAACACUCUGUUUUAACAAUUGGCCUUAUGUUUUUGAUGAUAGUGGGUGUUGAUUUUUUCCCUUUUUUCAACAGCUACACUCAUUGGUUUGAAAGAGUUUCUACCAAGAAUUGUUAGACUGGCCUGUCAGCCACUUGGUGAGUUAAUAAGCAUUGGUGAGAUCACAUUUUAACCCUUUAACUAAUUAAGACCCAGUAUCCAAAUACAAAUUCUCUAGAAUGAUCUCCAUACCAAUUUUCAAAGAAUUCUUUGAGAAAAUUAGACAAAAGUCAAAGAAUCAUUUUAUUAAUACUCAUAGUUAAACUUUUCUCUUGAUGAUGUAUUGAUAUUUCCUGGACAAAAUUGAGGUUGGGAACUCUUAAGGCUUAAAAGGGUAAAGGGUUUUUUAAGAUGCUGGGGCGGGAAUAUUACAAAUUGGGACAGAAAACUACAUGACUCAUACGUAUGGCAAAAAGGAAUGUUUCAACAAGUUUCAAGGGGAAAGUUAACUGUUUUUGGAAUAAUUUUUGGGGGUGGAAUUAGUUUUUGUAUUUGCUUGCGUUAAAUCAAUUAAUUUUUUUUUUCCAGUAGAAAGAAGUUCUUCUCCUGGUAGUUUGCUACUUGGACAUGCCCAAGGUGGAUUUCUUGAUAUGGUUGAUUUCCACACCUUCUUACAGGAUGUGCUCGAGACAGGAGGAAUUGAUAUGGGUAUGUACCUGUUUGAUUUCAGUUUAAGGUUCUGAAAAUGGGUGUAGUUAGCAACGUUCAAGGAUGUAGCCUAGAAAAAGCUUAGCAGGCUUUUUUAUUAGUCAAGCUGGGUUUUUAUUCAGUUGCACCUUCAAGACUUUGAUCAUUGGGAAGUUCCGGAAUACGGACGCCUCCCUUAAAAACACAUAGAGUUUCCUCUGUCUGUGGUAGUCACCUUGUUGUCAAGGCUUUCUAUAAAGAGGAUAUCUUGAAUUGGGGUCCCUGUUGUUCUUUAGUCAUUUUCUUUCAAUGUCUCCAACCCCACAGAAAACUACUUUGUCUAGUUGACUAUUAUUAAAAGUAAUAUAAAACAUAUUGCCAAUAUUUUCUUUUUUCAGAUCCUGAAGAGCGUGAAGCAGUGCCAAUGUUGCAGUCAAGAUUUAAUCGCAUACACGAGGUUUGUGGAAAUUGUUUUUUUAAUGGGUACUCUGUAUAUUAUAUGUAUAAAAGUAUUGUAAUGAAAGAUAUGGCUUUAGAUCAUUAAUUUUUUUCUUCCUUUUUCAGCUUAUGCACAAAGUGGAGGUGUUUUAUGUUCUCUGUUUGUUCUUGACGGGAAAGCACAAGGUUAUGGUAAGUUGACAAAAUCAUCAUGACAACAUUUCUUUCUUAUUAGUAUACCAAAUAUGAAUGGAUGAAAAGCUUUGAAUGAAAGUUAAUAUGUUUGAAUAGUUUUGGAACGUUUUUCCUUACAAGUGGUUUGUAACUCUUUCUUCCCUCGUAUCUUUUAUUUUGUAGGUCCAGAAAAAGCUCUCAGACUUAAAGUUGAUUCCUGGAAUGUGCAUUUUGUUUGACAAAAUGUCAUGGCUUAAAGAUACUGAAAGAUUGUAAGUAUAAUAUUCACUAAUUUCUCCUUGUUACAGAAAGUUCUGUGAAUGUGGUAGUGGUGAAAUACAUGUAGCCUAGGUUAUUAAUUGAAUCUUUUUUUUCUUUUUACAGCAGCCCAGACAUGAUGGACUUAGGAGAAAUGGGUGAUCACGAGUGCACACCCCAAACUGCAUUGAAGAUUCAGUUUCUACGUCUUGUUCACAGCUUCUGUGAUCGGCAUGAGUAAGUUUUCAUAUACUGUUUGCUUUUGAAAAUUCAACUGUAUGACUGUGCCACAUGGAGUAGGGAAUAUUGUUGUUGUUUAAUAUUAUAAUAAUGGAACUACUUUAUUACUACAGUUCUGAUAGGAAUUUUCUCUUAUUUUUAGGAAUAAGCAUCUUCUACUAACUCCCAAAGAAGUUGAUGAACUUCAGGAGCUGUAUGGUGAGAAGAAUUGUUUGUUUAAUAAGCCACCAAUUUUAACAAGUGCAUAAAAUGGCAAUUAGUUCUGCAUUAAUAUUGUGUCCUUAAACUUUCAUUUGGUACACUUGCAGGGUUCUUAAUGGACCACUGUAUUCUUUUGUUUACAUAUUCUGCAAUGUGCCUCAUAUGUUUUUUUUUUCUUUUUCUACAGUUCAAAAUGACCUUGAGCUACCUGAAAGUUUGCCCAACACUAACAGGUUUGUUCUUUUUCUGUUCUUUGAAUCACCAUUCAUCUAUUUUCAUAAUUAAAACUGAUUGUUGCCAACCAAGUGAUUUGUAAAGGUCAAAAUAUUAUGUCAUGUUUUCAUCCUCACUUUAAUUUAUUUGUCUUUCAGGAAGCUUUGUUGUACUGGAGAAAAGGGACUACUGACAAAAAUUUUGGAAACAUUGAUUGAAUGCCCUGCGACUGCUCCUUUAAGGUAAUUUAAUUUUGUUUAGUUUAUCAUUUCGGCUGCAGGUUGAAUUUUAAGUAAUGGGAAACCAAUGUUUAUGGUGAACAAAAGUAGUUUUUCCGGCCAGGUACAACUCCAAGUUUGAUCUUGUGGAAAGAAAAAAUAGAACUGGACCAAACAAUCUUUUAAAAUGUUAUUUCUAGGUUCAAACUGAUUAUUUCGUUUUCAUUUUAUGUUCAUCAGGUUUUGGCUUUCAAGGGCUAUUGAAGGAUUUCUUCGAGGCAGAGCGUCAGUUGGAGACCAGCUAUUCCUGAUCAAGAGAAGCCUGCUUGAGGUAUAUGCCAGUUUAUGGGUUUUAAAUACUUACUUCAUACCCUUUAAUAAUUCAGCCAAUGUCCAGGUUGUUAGUUAUGAAACAAGUGAUGACACUUGAAUGAAUAAUUUGUUUAAUGAGGCACUGUAUUAAAUGUCUAUUUUUUUUGUAUUGUCUUAUAGCACCUUGUUGACCACAUCACAAGUGAUGAACUUAAGCCAAAGGAGAUUCUUCAAAGUAGUUUUGACUUGCUUGGUGAACUGAUGAAGUUCAAUCCAUUUGCUUUCAAGAGAUUUGACCAAGUCAUCAGCGACAAACAGGUAAGCGGCUGACCUUAGAUACACACCAUACAAAUAAUGCAAUGGUUAUGAGAUUUUUUAGCUUAUUUGGACUUGACAGUGCAUAACAUUUUGAGCUACAGUCUGUAACUGGCUAAGAGAAUCAAAGCAGUAAUUUCUUCAGUUACCAUGGCUGCAGCCACCAUUGCUAUAUUCAUCUUAGGUUCUUUCUCUGGCUUUCAUAAACAGUCUACUUGAGAUGAGCAAGUGUCUCACCAAGUCCCAAUUUUAUCAUCAUCAUCAUCAAGUUACUCACUGAAGAUGUAUAACCAUUAACGUUUCUGUUUUUUAUGGUGAUUAAUUUUCUGUUCUCGUUCUUUUACAGUUUGAGAAAUUUGUGUCCAUCCUGACAUCAAAUGUAGUGGAUUCUAACAUGUUGAUUCGCUGUCUGGUGUUAUCUCAGGAACACUUUAUGUCUGACCGAUUUUUCUCAGGUAAGAUCAAUACUUUUCCAGACAUGAGAGAUCGUUGUUUGAAAGGACCAACAAGAAGUGCAGAAGUAGUAGAAGUGCAUUAAUCUUAUUGAUUUCUAAUGACAACUGUCAACUUGUAUUUGAAUAAGUUUUGUUUGGGCCAAAGUAAUAUAUGUUCUUCUUUUUAACAGCUUUCACUGGAACUUGCAAGCUUGGCUCUCUAAUUAACAACUGGGAACAGAUGAUUUUCUUGCUUUACAAACUGAUCAACUCCAUUACUGUUGGAACUCUUACUCAGGUGAGUUCAUUUUAUUAAACUUUUGUGUCACACGUGACAGAGAGAAAUUUAAAUGGCCUUGCAGUCUAUUUUAAAUCCUUAAAUGGUGUUGAAAAAAACAUAAGGUGGCACAGAAAAGACCAAGAAAUCCAUAAGUCCCAAUGGUGACCAACAUCAAUUUUCUCCUAACAAUAUCCAUAAAAGGUCAAGAGAAAAGGUUAUGAGAACUAAUAAAAUUAUCACCAAAGAGAAAAUGCUUUGAUCUACUAUCAAAUUCUCUCAAUUAAUUCUUAAAGGAAAUGUAUGGAUAUCAGGUUGGAGAAUUUGUAUGUGGACAUUGGGGCUUAAAGGGUUAACCAGAAGGGUGUACCUAUUUUGUGAAGAGCACACCCAUUAUGGAAUCAUUCAUAUUGCCAGACGAAAGAAAUUUUAAAAAAAUUCAACUAGAGGUUUUCGACUCUAUUCUGAUAUUUUUUAACAUUCUUUUUUUUCGUAGGAAAAUGUGAGCUGUCUGAACACCACUCUUGUUUUUCUGAUGUUUGGUCACAGACAUGGACGUCUCCCAGCUUAUCUCACGGUGAGAUAUUUAUCGUAUUUGGUUGCAACUGUUGAAUCAUUUGGUUGUCAUUUUUACCUGUGUUAUUCGAGAGCCAAAAAAUAAAACAAUACAAAGAAAUUACCAACUUUAUUUCACAGAAGUAGUGGCUCAUAGAUUUUGCAUAUAAUUUCCCUUGCUGUCACUCUUACUCAAACUUAAGUGUAACAUGAAAAAAAACAUAUUUUUUUAUAAUAUAUGAGUAUCCCAUUAAUUUUCUUAUGUCUUUUUUUCUUUUUUAUCUUUUGUUAUUUUACAAGUUUGUUGUAAGUUUUCAGUUUGUUAUUUUGUAGGCUUUUGUCAGGGAAGAGAACAUUCAGAAUAAUCCAGGCUUCAUCUUGACAAAUUUGAGGUGAGCUGAAAUAAUUGCUGUCUACAAUAACUAUUCAUUACCUAAUCCUUGCCCCCUGUUCAAAUCUCAUGAAUUAAUUUAUUAUCAAUACCCCAUCAAUCCCCUUCAUAGGACUAAUUUUAUUAAUAGAAGCAAUUGCAUUUAUUAAUACAGACAAAACAAUUUUUUGUAGUUGUAGAGUCAAAUGCUCAGUGUUGCUUAAUUUAAAAUAGAAUGUUUUUGUUUCUCUUUGCAAUUUAGACUUUUAUUAAUAGAAGCAAUUGCAUUGAUUAGAAUUUUUUGUAGUUGUAGAGUCGAAUGCCCAGUGUUGCUUUUAAUAUAAAAUAGAAUGUUUUUGUUUCUCUUUGCAAUUUAGACUUUUGUUAAUAGAAGCAAUUGCAUUGAUUAAUACAGACAAAACAAUAAGAAUUUUUUUGUAGUUGUAGAGUCGAAUGCCCAGUGUUGCUUAAUUUAAAAUAAAAUGCUAUUGUUUCUCAUUGCAAUUUAGACUUCUGUUAGAGUUCUGGAAGACUCAUUAUUUGAGAAGAGGAAAGGAUUGCUCUGCUCUUGAACAGGUAUGGAAAGUUAAAACCGUUUAGUUUACUGUAUCUUAUCGGUAUUGCAUUUAGAAGAGCAUAAAUGUAAGCAAACUUGAGAUGCAAGUUCUCCCCCUUUACCUCAAUAUUAUAUAAAAAUUGAUCCACCCAAUUUUUGUGACCAUAAAUGCAAAAAAGGGGCUUUUCUUUCAACAGAAUUAAACUUUUUAGAGACAAAACUUGUAGGAAUGUGUAGUUGGUGUAGAAAGGUGGAUUCCAGUGUAAAUUGCUCAUAAUAGUCAAAAACAGAUUUAACCACAAUUAUUGCAAUAAAUAAUAAGUUCUCCUUCUAAAAAUGUUAAUGUAUUUAUUUUUCCUCUUCUUCAGAGUUCCUGCAUCAGCUUUGACAACUGGAAACAAGUUGUUGACAUUCUUUUGUCAGAUUCUACAUCAAACACUUCAGUUCUUCAUUAUCUGCCAUCAUCUUGCGCAAGAGACAAUUAAACAGACAGCUGUCAAUCAACAGACUAGAUAUCCAAUAUGCAGAGAAGUGUCAAGCUGGUCUUGAUCAAAUUCAAUAUAUCAAGUGAUUACUGAGUUUAACCAAACAUGUAGAACACAUGGUAACAUAUCUGAACAGUAUUGGUCAAUACGGACUACUGGGGUGCUUGCAUUGUAAACACCUUGCAAAAACACAUAAAUUUAUAAAUCCUACUGAUAAAAUAUUAUACAUUGUUCCAAUAGUUAAGCAUAAUAUAAUACAACAGUUACAACCCUAUAUUAAAUUAUUGUGGGUAUUAGGAAAAACAGGAUAGUCUUUUCAAUAAUUAGAAGGAAAGAAAAUACAGUUUUUAAAGAGAAUUUAGUCUUCAAUGUUUUAUGAAAAUUUCUCAGGGUGUUUGUGAAAAAAAAAAGGAUUGAAGUCAGAAGACGGUUUAGUUUAGUGUACAGUAAUAAUAUUUUUAAGGUCUUUUCAUCACGUGUAGUGUGAUUUUGUUUUUAGGGACAGUUAUGCAAUUUACCAGCUCUGCUUUUAAUGAAUUUUAGGUCUAAGAAUAAGCAUACCCAUAAGGCUAUUCAUUCGGUGAUUGUAUAGUGUUAUCAGCAUUUUUUAUAUGUUUUCGUGUGCUAGGUAUAAGUGUCAGGCAUAUUAGGGUAUUGUGCUGUUCCAGAAAAUAUCCAUCCCUCGCCCCCACCCCUUUGGUAAUUCCAGUUUGGCUUCAGACUUUCCUUAAAAAAAAAACGGUCUCUAAGACCCCCUCCCCUUUUGACCGUCCAUGAGGUGGGUACAGAUAUUUUGUGGAACAACAUUGUAACUUAC